AUGAACAAAGAAUUAGACUCUGUGCUCCAAGAAGCUGUAAUUCAUUCAAUUGAUUAUUCUCCCUUAUAAAUAAAAUAUGGCGUCUUCGUCUGGGCAUGGCCUCCGGCCAUGCAUACUCGACUUAUAUUUUAUUUAUAUCCGGCAAGGUUUUACCAAUCCAGAAAUGGACGGCAAUGCUAGGUAAGCAAUUCUGGUAAUGUACAGAGCCUAGCCCUUAGUCUAAUUUCAAGAUUGGGUUUUACCUCAAGGGAAAGGAGAGUUUGGAUUUGGAAAGGGCAAGCCCAGCAAAGUCUGCAGGUAAUCCCCAGACCAAUCGGGCAACUGCCUAGCGUGAAACCGGGCGUUACGUCCCGGAAUUCAGAUUUUCCUUUUUGCCGAAAGGUCGAACAGAAAUUCCAUUUUUUGGGAUUUUUGUAUGGCCAACCUUGUUACACAUGCAGCAGCCGCAGAAGUCCAUAGUCCGCCCACUCAACACUGGACCGAAAGGGAGGAGGAGACGUCCAAGCAGAGUCUCACUUCAGAAGUGCCAUGGCAUCAGGCGCUGAAGAAGAAGAAAGGUAGUGUCAGAGCUGAACACUUGCCCAGCGAAUCAUUGCCCCAAUUCGAGCAAGGCGAAGCUGAAGACGGCGCAAAGCGGAUGAACUGCCCGUACGGGAGAGUCCUUGGUGACUGCGUAACCAAUAUGGCAGACGCCUACCUAUAAGUUUAAGUUUAAGAUUAUUCUCCCUUAAGGCGAAGCAAUCAAAAAUGAGAAGCAGGGCCUUUAACAAUUAACGCAGUUUUGGAGAAAUUAAGAAUUCCACGCAGAUGCGACAUCCAAAUUAUCAGAGACUCUCAAGCCCGCUCAGCUUUACAAAUUCAUAGAAACAGAGGAGAAGUAGUAUUUAUCCUGCUUCCAGAAUUUCUUAAUCGCACAAAUAUUAUAAUGUAUUGGUAAUAUUUUAUUUUGCUUAUUUAUGGCAAAUUGAUUUUAAAAUGUCAAAAAAAUUUUGGCAUGUCAUUAUAUAUAAAACUGAGUCUAUGGUAUGUUAAAAUUUUUUUUGACAUUUUAAAAUCAAUUUACCAUAAAUAAGCAAAAUGAAAUUUAUGCAAGGGAUUAUAAGAGAAACCAUGAAGUUUUUUCAAGCCUCUAUGGUCUUUGAACAGCAAUCAAUCCCAAUCAUGUAAAACUAUAGAGGUUUCCUCUAUAUAUAGCGCUAAAAGCGCAGACAUUUUCCCAGGAGCUUUCCAAGUUCGUCAGACCAAAUCGCUUUUUGGUCCGACCAAGGCAUUGAUUUGGUGCAAACCUACCGAUAAAUUCCGAUCAGAAUUUAUCGGCCUUACAGCGCCAAACAUAGGAAACUUCUAUAGUCCCUAAAAGUUUAUACAAAAAAUUAAAUGAAGAAAUUUCCAGAAUUUUUUAUUCCAAUGUAAACCCUUAUCAUAUAGCCCAAGACAUUGAAAUUGACUUUGGAAAUUCCAAAGGAAUUGUCUUCAGUCAAUUCUAUGACUCAAUGUUUGAAUUAAUUGACAAUAAAAUUACUAGCAAAGAUCUGCAGGACUAUAUUGACCUUAUCUAUAGAGUUCAACAAAUAGCUUAUAACUCUCCAUGGGUAAAAAAUGAAAGGCCUGAUUUCAAUGUAAUCAGGGAUAAUCGGCCUUCCUACCACUCCUGGAUGCUGCCUUUUUUCACCCAUAAGCGGACUAACAGUCUUUUCAGUGUCUCAUAA